AUGCAUACUGCAAACGUUACGGUAAUACUCGCUACAACGAUACAACCAGAUAGCAUUUCAGUAGUGAACACAUUACAAACAAGUAAGAACUCCAUUGAAAGUUCUCUAUCUCAGGAUCCAAGUUCAUUAAUAACCGAUACUCCGAUGAGUUCGUCUUUACUGGGGACUGACACGCUGAAUAGUACCAUACUUUCGAGCCAAUUGACCUCACAAACAAUUAUUUCCAAUAGUACCAGCAGUGGAAAUAUAAUCAGCACGAUACUGACAUCUCCGAGUACAUCAUUGACAAAUUCAUCUUCAUUAGGUCAUAACCAUAUUCAAGUAGUAUCAUCCUCUACAUCAUUAAUAUAUUCUUCUAUUAUCUCGAGUCCUAUCUUUUCCACAACAUCAUUAGACUCGUCAACACCAUCAUUAUCAUUAGCAUCAUCCUACUCUUCAGAAAUACGACAAAGUUCAAAAGUGUCAGUAAUUUUAAUAACGACGACAGUUUCACCUUCAUUUUCGGCUCUAACAAGCAUAACAUCAGGUUCUCUAACUCCAUCAGUAAUAACACAAACGUUGACGGUGACGCCGUCAGUAUCACCUUUAUUUUCAAUAUCAUCUGGCUCUUCAAAAGAUUAUUUAAUAUACACACAAGAAUAUUUAUUUACGGACUCAGACACAUCAUUUACCACUGGAUUAUUACAAACUACAGCUUUAAAGAAAUCCGCCUCUGGAAUAAUCUUACCUACAAAUGUAGUAACAAAACCAGUAUCAUAUUACAAAGCAUAUGUUGAUGGCUCAUUAGACUCCGGAUCAUCCACAACAGCGACCCAUAAGAAUGUGAUCAUAGGUUCCGUUGUUGGGUCUGUUAUUGGAGUUGGUGUAAUUAUUUUGCUUGGUGUUCUAUAUUAUUUGUUUGUUAGAAAGAGACACAAGAAAGAAUCAGCAUUUGCGACCGAUGGGAAAAGAUCAAUAUAUAUGGAUGACUCUAUGACGACACAUAACAAUAAUAACAAUAACAAUAAUAAUUAUAAUGAAAAAAAUGGUGACCCAUUUAAAAAUGAAUUUCAAUUCAAUGAAAGAGUACCUGGACAAAUACCUGUACCUGAAGAUCCUUUAGAUUAUUCAGUAUCUAUGCGAGAUAGUUCUGAUUUCCAAUUUAAUCCAGAUAGUUCCAUAGAUAUGAGUAUACAUACAGACAUACAUCCUUAUGAGGAAUCUAAUGUAUAUUCAUAUACAAGAUCCAUCACAGAUUGGCGUAAUGACUCGAAUAUAUGA